AUGGGUGCUGUGCAACGCCUCACUGACGUUUGUGCAGACCCCAGCAGGGCAAACGACCACGACCUCGCCCUCGCCAAGCAGCUCCUGGAAGCGUACGGCGAGGACGCGACCCAGACCAUGGCCGAGUGGCCAACGGCCGCGCAGCAACCCCCGCGCGACCGACCCGUCAUCGCGGCCAUCCUGGACCGCUACAAAGUGCGAGGUGGUCGCGCGCUCGCUCGCUACCCGCAGGUCUUGUGGAUCGCGCACCUCGCUGCCGAGCACUUUGAGGGAUUCGACUCGCUCAUCGCCGAGCUGGAGGUCGAGUACGACUGCACCAUCCCCAAGUGCAACGACGGUUUGGGGUUCCCGAGUCCCUCUGCGACGCCAGCAUCGCUCUAUCGAGGUGUCCACGACUGUGGAAGUGGAUGGAAGGGCAAGAUGCCGUCUGAGGAUGAUGGACUCUCGGUCCUCACUCUUCCACUGGUGCCUGUACUGGGUGCGCUUUGGCAGGCGCUGUAUCUAGAGCGGACUUCCCUUCGACCUGUACGUCCCCAGGCUCAGCCCAGGACUCAUGACACACACCACCCACGGCACCCACUUCCACUCGGGUUUCAACACCCGCACCCCUCACACGCUCGUCCAGUUCGAGCCCGCCCGCUGCACCAUGCGCAUCGAGGGCUCGCUCGCCAACCUCUCCGUCCGCGGCAUGCGGCUCGCCGGCUUGGAACGGUUCCACGUGACCGUCCACCUCUCGUCCUGGACCGUCUCGAGCGUCUCCAGGGCAACGGCCACCUCGUCGGCGCCACGCUUCCGGCGACAUACGCAAUGUCGUCAGAGGCCCAGGCCGAGUACGCCAUGAACAGCGUCACCGCCUUUGAACAAGGCAGAGGUCCCGUACCCCGCAUCAACAAGUCGACCCUCAACGAAAUCUGGCAUCGUCAAACCGACUACAUGCCAGAUCAGGUCGACAUGUUUAUGCUGUCUGCGGGGCGUCUGAUCGGUGACGCUGACAUUGCCUUGCCGCCGGUCUUCGACACCUGGGUCGCGUCGAGGCCUGCCAAGACUGCCCUUGCGAUCAAUGAGCACAUGGCCAGCUACCAGAAGGCUCUCGACGAGGACCAGGAGCACCGCCGACUCGAGGUGGAGCACUUCGACCUCAAGGAGAGGCGCCAGAAGAGGCAGCGCGAGGACGAGGCCCACGAGCUCCGCACUCGGCUCCGUCAGCAAGGUCACCGAACAGCCGAGCAGCAGUACGCCGACCUCAAGGCAGCCAAGGUCGUGCACGACCGUCUUGAAGCAGAAGCAGCAGCCGCUCGCGACGCGUACAUGGCGUCGCAAGGCGAGCGCAUGCUUGAUCAGGUUGAGUUGGAGCAUCGCGAACAACAACGCAUUUCGAGCUCCACAUCACCUGAUGUUCCCGUCCACCAAGUCAUCGAAGACGACAGCGACAGUGACGACGGCACCAGUGACGACGACACCAGUGACUCCGACUUCUCUCCCGGCGUCCCGGGUCCUCCAACCCCCCGCCGGCCCCUAUUGUGGUCUUCGGCCGAGCCCAUCACCCCCCUCCACGAGUUCGCCCAUGUCUACCCCCCGCUCUGCCAGCAGAUUGUGUGGCUCAUGAAGCACAACCACCAAGCCACAAAGGCCGUCCUCAUUGCCCAGGUCCUUGCCAACAUUCUCGAGUUGUACCAGCGCCACAUGAACCUUGCUGCCGAGAAGAGCGAGCGCAUCACCUUGCUCGACGAUGCUCUUGUCAACAAGAUCAAGAACGAGAUUGGCCUCCAGGAGCGCGUUGCCGAAUUGGAGAACCAGAUCAAGGAGCUCAAGAUGCAAGUGAAGUAG